GGCGUACCAUGAUCUAAACAAGCGGCAUUUGUGAUAAUGACACGAGCAAUCGACUCCAAUGAUGACUGCUGUUGUAAGGACAAGAAAUGUGAGGAGGAGGAGCUUCCAGCGCCCCCUAGGGGCAGUGGCCCUCCCGAUGGAGGAUGGGGGUGGAUGGUUGUCCUUGCCUCUCUGCUGUGCAACAUCAUCGUUGACGGCAUCUGCUUCACCAUCGCCACCUUUGAACAUCAGCUGAUGGAACAGUUCAAUUGUAACCAUGCCCAGGCAGCCCUUAUACCCUCCCUGUUGGCAGGGUGCUACCUCACUGUGGGUCCUCUGGUUAGCGCCCUGGCCUCUAAAUAUGGCUGUCGGAAGGUCACCAUCAUGGGCAGCCUCAUCGCAACAUCUGCCUUCCUCCUCAGCACCCAGGCAAGCAGCAUCCAGAUGAUGAUCGUAACACUCGGAAUCAUGGGAGGUAUUGGGUUCGGCAUGAUCUACCUUCCCGCGAUAGUGACCGUAGGAUUCUGGUUCGAUAAGAAGCGUGCAUUUGCAACAGGCAUCGCAGUGUGUGGAUCUGGCGUCGGGACGUCCAUCUUUGCUCCGUUUGUCAACUACCUGGUGGAGGAGUACCGAUGGCAGGGGGGGCUGACAAUCCUCGCCGGGGUCGUCCUGAACUGUGUUGUGUGCGGGGCGCUCUUCCGGCCCCUUGACAAAACCCCUCAGAGAGUGCCCAGACGUAUGGUUGAGAUUCAACGCGGGUCGAUCAUGAAAGCCCUGAUCGAGGAAAAGAAAAGACAGAGAACCAUCUCCAAUGGGUCCUUGGAUAACUGUAUUAUUACUAAAGACAACCGCCUCAUCAAGAUUGACCCUUCAUUCUUCGAGGCGAAGCGGAACAACUCCUUCAUCGCUCGAUUCAAGGAGUCGCUAGGUUUCAGCACCAAGAGUUUGGACAAGAGUAAGCAGAGCCUGGUGAUCCCGAGUAUUAAGAUAGACCACCAUGUGUCCAACGGCAACUGUGCAGGCUCCCAACCCAUCAGCCCGAUUUACCGACCCAGUGCCAAAAACAUGUCUCAGUCUUCCCUGUCCACCAGCAGCGACAGUGGCUGCAAUAUGACCCCCGAGUUCAUCCUCACCGCCAAGAGCUGUGACAUCAUCCCGGGGGCGAUGAGGAGGUCGUCACAAGACUCCGAUUUAAAUUCUUGUACGCAGAGCAUGAAAUCGGUGAACUGUCCGCCAAUGGGCGCCAGUGUGAUAAGCAUCCAGGUCGUGCCGACCCCACCGACCACACGGUCACGUCACCGAGCGUACAGGUCCUCGUCGUCACGCUCCAUUGCGUAUGCGAGUUCAGGGAACAUGCAUCCUUCGAGUAUUGUGUCUGGGAGUGUGAUGAGCAUACCGCAGUAUAGUGUGCAGACUAUCGAUCAGUAUGAGGAGAAGCAGUCCACGUUGAGGAAAGUCUUCUACCUUCUCAAGGAGAUGUUUGACUUCCAUUUGCUGAAGAGCCCUAUGUUUGCACUCUUAGUAUUUGCCAGUAUUCUCAGCAUGUUGGCUUUCUUUAUCCCGUUCUUCUUCCUGAAGGACAAGGCCGAGAAGGAGAACAUUAGUAAAACAGAGGGUGCGCUGAUCUUGACCGUCAUCGGCAUCACCAACACCCUCGGACGCAUCAUCAGCGGCUGGAUUGCGGACCGACCAUGGGCGGACCCGCUCCAUCUCAACAACAUCGCACUCGUCAUCGCAGGGAUUGCAACGCUGAUGGUACCGCUCUGCCACUCCUACGUUUCCCUGGCCAUCUAUGGCACCACCUUCGGGUUGUGUGUUGCGGUGUUUGUGUCCCUGAGGUCCAUCCUCCUCGUAGACCUCCUGGGCCUUGACCAGCUCUCCAAGUCCUUUGGCAUCCUCAUGCUGUUUCAGGGCGUGGCAUCCAUGGCAGGACCUCCACUUGCAGGUACUCUUUUGGAUUCCAUGAAGAGUGUAGAUGUCUGCUUCUAUUUGGCUGGCUCGCUUCUUGCUCUCUCUGGCCUUCUGGGAAUCCCGCUACGACGCCUUAAAAAUUGGGAGUUGAACAAACAGCCUGCCCGACUUCCAGAGGAAAUGCCAAUCACGGAAACGCUACGCUUGGAGGUGGAGAGUACCAUAUAAACACUAUGCUCAAGACAGCACUUCAUGGAAGCUUGUUUCGUAUGUGUGUGAUUCUCCCACAAUGCACUGGGAAAUGAAAUGUGCUUGAUGAAGGAAAAUGUGACCGAAUAGACGAUUUGGAUUAUUUUGUUUCAUCAAGCUGUGUUUGAAGUAGUCAUGUGCUUGAUGGAUGGCCAUUUUGUUUUUUGAACCAAGUCGUUCUUGAAUGGAGAACCUAUUUGGUAAGGAUAACUUGUGGUACUAGUCUGAGACGUCCUGUACUCUGAGGUAGGCGUAUUUAUUGGUGGGACUGCAGGAACUGUGGUAGCAGAAUGUGUUUCUGUGAGGUACCGUUGACAUACACUAUUGUUUUUCAAGAACCCCUCACCAGGGAUUUUCAUUUUUCUUAUGAGACUUGUUUUCUGGAAAAUAUUAUACAAAUAUUACUCUGUAGAAAGUCAAGUUUUUUUAAUACCAUCACAUGAUCUGAAGUCAUGAAGACAUUAAAGAUCACAUGACCUCAUAGUGAUCAUGUGACCUUUUGAGCCUCAAUUUGACAUUCUGAGCCUCAGUUUGAUGCGUGGUGGACUGAAUCCCCACAUGUUGUGGUCAGUUUUAAUGUAGGCCAGUUGGGAGUGAGGAAGAGCUGGGACAAGAGGCCAAGUUGGAUGUCGGCCAUGUUGGAUGUCAGCCAUUUUGGAAAAACACUAUGUGGAGAUGCUUUUGUGAUAUAUAGUUGAAUAUUCUCACAAAAUCUGGAUGCCUAUUUAUGAAAUCUGCUUGAUUUUGAAUUAAUCAACUAUUCAUGAACUGUUGUCAUAAAUAUUGUGACACCUCACGGUGAUGUGGUGUAUGUGGUUUGAAGCCUAGCCAUCAGCAGUUCCACUGUGAGUAUCCCAACAUGCAGUGCUGGUUUGUAGUAGUGCCAGAGGAUGUGAUUGGUCACAUUUACUGCCUGUUUUGCAAGAGAGACACUGAUUGGCUAGAAUACACUAUGGAUCUCAAGAGAACUACUACUUACUCAGGAGUAUGCUGUAUAUUUACCAAGGGUUUAUAAAAAAAGAGGGAAACAAAAAAAGGACGGACAGGAGAUUCUUUUUCAACAUUGUAUUCAUUCGUCCAUGUAUCGCAGGAUAAAUCAUGGUCAAUAUUCUUCUUCAAAUAAAAUUUAUUUUAGUUUUUGAAAAUGUAAAAACACUUUUCACUUUUGUUGUGGUGACAUGUGAUGUUUUGAAGUCUUGUGAACGAACACGUUACCCAACUACCACUGUUGUUGAGAAAAGUGGUACGCGGUGGUUGUUGGCACAAAAUAGUGGAUCCCUCUUUUUACAUAUUCCCUGUUUUUUUGUAUGUGAGAGAGCGUAACUAGAUGGGCAAAAUGCUGGGAAUCUCAAUCUGUAGCAAACGAUAUUUAACUGUUUUCUCAGUGAGGCUUGCGAGGAGGGGGAAAUCAUUAACCAUGUGGAGAAUUUUGCUGAAAAUGUUUUUUGGUUUUUUUUCAUGCAUCGCAAAUAUUUAUAUGUAGUUAAAUAAGUAUUUACUAUGACAUGGAGAAUAUUUCGUAAUAUUAUUUUUAAGUAAAACCCCUCAGUUCGGACCCUCACUGAACUACAAAUAAAAGGCUACAUUCUGAGAAAUGUGAGUUUUUCAAUUGUCAUGGCAACUGCAUAAAAUUAUUCUUAUGUUGAAAUUUCACAGUUUUAAUUGAUUUUAUGCAGAAUGUUGGAAAUGAAACAUUUGAUGUGAAAUUGUUAGUUCUGAAGACUCUUUAACCUGCCUUGUUAUGUCAAUGCCUUGUACUGAAGGUCGGAAUCGUCCCUCAAUCAACCAUCAUGAUGUUGUUAGAGGAUAAUUUACAUGUGCUUAGCGUGUAUUUGGGGAAAAUGUUUCAACAUUUCUGAAGAUAUUGGCAGGAAUACAAUUCACAAAUAAAUCAACAUUUCUCAUUUAAUCCAUUUUUUUAUGCAAAUGUUUUUGGCUUUGCUUUUGGAAGGAGAUUUUUUGCCUCUGUUAAAAGCAAAUAAUAUUUUCGAGGCACAAAACAAUUUAAUAAUACAAAUUAUGAUUGCAUCAAGUGUUGAGACCCUUUGAUAUGGCAUCCGUUGAUGUUGUGCCUGACACUGCCGAAUAUCUUCAAAAUGAGGCUGUUCAACACUACCUGUCUUGCUCUGCUCUGCUGGUAGACUUGGUUUAAGUGCUAUUUGUGAUAAUUCUAUUGGGGGCUGUGUCAAAAGCAUUUUUUCAAUUUUGACACAGCUCCUCUAAGUCUUGUGCUAUUUCAUUGUUUUAGUAUUCUUUUGAUAUAUAUAUAUAUAUAUCUAUAACACUGUGAGCUUGGGUUGAGAAUGUAGCCAGAAUGAGUUUAUCAGUGUACUGGUGAUACUAGUAGCAGUGCUCCCAUUAUAACCUCUAUAUUUCUUGUUACAUAUUGAAAUAUUUUGUUUUUAUUGGAUUAAAAUAAAUUAGUCGCAUUUGUAGGUAUUUGUUUGAAAGGUUAAAAAAUGGGCUUUCCAAUGAAUACACUACUACAAGAAGUCUUGGUUAUAUUUUUAAUUAUGAAAAUGAAAUGACAGCUUUGGACUUAUAAACAAGGCUGGCUGGACACCUACUGUUGAGCUAAAGCAUGUCCGGAGGACUGAUGCUGAGGUAAAGAAACCUACAGGGACAGCACUUUUACAAACCAUUGAUCCCAAGAAUUUUUUUUUUUUUUUUUUUUUUAAUAAUUGUUAUUUUGAUUACCCAUUGUUUUUAGGCCAUCUGUAGCAGUUAAUUGUUUUAAUAUGUAUUCAGUUAUAACACAGGGAAAUAAGUUGGUCAUCAUCAUAAUAACUGUCAGACGAAUUGGCUGGAGGAAAACAAGAUUGUUGAUAUCACUGUCCCGUGAUUUGAAAUGUGUUUCUUCCCAACAUAUUGUUGUUUCAUCUGAGAAACAGAUCGGAGGAGGUAUAUAUAGCGGAAAGAUAUUCCUGACGGAGCCAUGUACAUCCUGCUUGUUGUGUUUGAUAAUAAAUGAACUGUUUGUCAAUCUCAUUAAAAUCAGAUCUUCGUUCUCGCUACCGCUAAACAAAGAUCUCAGAACAUCCCAUUACGGGUCACGUCAGAACGACCUUUCGCAAACUUUGACCGACCAAUGAAAUGACUGACAAGAAAUCGACAUUAGUCAAUCAUAAGGCAGCUUUCUCAAGCUUUACAACACUAGUUUCAAACUGGCGACUACGAUUCGAAACAUAUUUUGACGUAUUCUCGAUUAAAAAUGUUAAAACUGAUAAAAAGAACAUUCUGGAAUGGCUUAUAGAUGGCCUAGUUUGUAUGGGUAUAAUCAUAAAACACGUAAAUGCCCCUCGAAAUACCCCGGAAUUCAAGGUUGCAUGAUUAAAAAACACAUUCCAAAUGUCGCUUUCAUGAUCUGGUAAGCGACGCUCUGAUUGGUUGGAUGAAAGGUCGUUCUGACGUGACCCGUAAUGGGAUGUCCUCAGAUCUUUGUUUAGCAAUAGCGAGAACUAAGAUCUGAUUUUAAUGAGAUUGACUGUUUGUUAAUAGUGACUCUGAAAUGGCAAGAAUUUUACCUCAUAUUACUUCCAUCAAAUCAUAACAUCAGUUAUCUCCCUUAGUUGCAACAGUAGUUAUCCCCCUUAGUUGGUCUGUGUUUUAGUGGACAACGUUCGUGCCCUUGACAUUAUGCUGUAGAUAAUACAACACCUUUGAUGAUGUGGAAUAUUUUGAUUGGAUGAUCAUGAUGAUGCCACGUAGGGUAGUGUCCUUCCAUAUUUGGGCACAACAAGUGAAAUGACGUAACGUAACGCUCUCACACGUAGAUAGGUGGAUGGCCUUACGGAGGGAGUAAUUACUUGCUUUUUGGAUUCGUUUGUUUGAAAAUAAUUGUUCUUUAUAAAUAAUGGGAUGGGGAACAUUAAAUAUUAAUUACGGGUGACAAAGAUUAGAUUUCAAUAAUGAGGGAAAGACAGUUCCUGUUAUCAUUUUUCCUGACUUAACAUGUAUUUGGGGGCACGGGUGGCCCAGUCGUCUAAGGCGCCGCAAUUUGCUGUGCAGAGUUGCGUCCCUUGGGCACGUCAGAAACCUAUGAUUGUGGGUUCAAAUCCCGGUUCGCCCCGAUUAUGUUUCUAGGUUUGUCAGCACCAUACCCGUGCUCGUGGGUUUCACCAAAGUGGUAAACGUCCGAGACCUGCAUCACUUGGGGCUUUCCUCCCACAUUAAGCUGAUACGCCGUGAUAUAACUGGAAUACUGUUAAAAGCGGCGUUAAACCCAACUCACUCACUCAUCAUGUAUUUUGCAGAGGUUUUGCAGCCAUUAAAUCAAGAAGCACUCCUGAUAUAAAGAAAUAACCAAAACUUGUAUAAAACAAGCAGUCAGUCCAAGAAACAAGCAAUUUAUUUGUCAUGGCCUGGUUGGAAGGACGCUGCUGGAAGCCUCUUGGCGACACUUCAUUGUCAUUCACAUCAAAAGUAUGAAUUAUGAUAUUAAUUAAUUGCUUAACCGCAGGACGGUGAAGUGGUUUUUUCUGUAUGUUUUUAGUGAUGUUGAUGAAAACUUUUAUUCGACACUAUUUUCCUAACUGCUAAUUAGCAAUAGUUAAAGGUGUAAGGAUCCUCUGUGCAAUUAUUUAUACGUUAGAAAGUGUUCACUGGAUGAGGGUUCCAGUGUCAAUAAGGUCGUGACUUAAUAAUGUAAUUUUAACAUUUUAACAAAAGUGGAUUUUUCAGUCAAACUUUAGUGCUAUGUUUAGGUCAUUGAUACCCGUUCAGAUUUUGUUGAUAAUAUAUAUGAUGUUUUUCUUUUUAAAAGAUUUGCAAUUUCACGAGAAUAAUUAUGAAAAAACUCUUGAAGUGAAAAAUAUAAGCACUGCGAAAGAGUGAUGAAGAGUCCUUCCUGUUUAAUAACAGCACCAGACGAAGUUUAUGCCAGGCGAAGGGCACAGACACAAAACCCAAACAAAAGCUAUAUAUGCGAUGAAGUAGUUUCAUAUAAUAUAUGGAUGUUUGUUUUUUUCGAAUGUUUGUGUCCAGUACAAAGGAAACUUAUUGUUGCCCUGCCUGGCUUUGUCGGCUUCGGCUUUGGCUUUGCUUCGAUAUGUCUGCAUUAUGCCUUAGAUUAGGUAUGUGCAUAUUCUCUCCGCAUACUCCAACGGAUGAUAGAUGAUAUUUUCCAAUGUUUAAUAUUGGCUGUUUGUGUUUCCAUUGACUUGAUACUUGUAUGUGUGUACAUUGCGGGCCAGUUUUGAGAGUCUUUUAGAGCAGGAGUUGUUAGUUUAUACGCUUGUCCUAGAUUUUUUAUAAUUGUUUUAGUUGAAUAUUUAACUUUUAGUGCUUAAUGAGGAUGCAGAUGAAUAUAAAACUGUGUAGAUGUGUCUAGUAUUUACAUGUUAUAGCAAAAAUUGUAGAUAUUUAACACUUCAAAAGGGUUGUGUGAACUGAGCUACAAGAUACGGUCUUUAGCGUUAAUUAGGCAGGCCCAGCUACGUUCAGAUGUGAGUCCCCCUUUAAGACUGGCCUACUAUGAAGGGUAAGGGCAAAUGACUCAAACAAGUGGGAGGCGGAAGCCCCUUUAUAUAUUUAUAGCAAAGCCAGGGAUGCUGUGACAUGAAGAGUAUGGAUAAGUGAAGUUAAUUGGGCAGGCCAAGCCUUUAUAUUUGUAUAGCAAGAGCAGGACUUCUGGGAGUGAAGAAGAGUAUGGAUAACCGAGGUUAAAAAGCAGGCCCAGCCUAAGUAAGAGGUAGGAGGCUUUUAUAUUUGUAUAGCAAGAGCAGGGCUUCUGGGAGUGACAAAGAGUAUGGAUAAGCGAGGUUAAAAAGCAGGCCCAGCCUAAUUCGGAGAAUCCAUGUGUACAGAAGGGAUGGAUAAGAGUGAUUAGUUCAAGUCAAUGGAAUACUACCAGCCUGUACCUGUCUGUACAGAUAUCACGUGAUGGUAUUACGUGAUGGUGUCACGUGAUGAUAACACGUGAUGAUAACCUGUGGAAUCCUGCAACUCAUAUGUUCAACAGUCCAGGGCAAUUCUGCUAGCUUACACGACCUUCACUUUAACAAUGGAGGUCAAGGCAGGUGUGUACAGAGACUGGUACAAUGUUGUUGAAUAAAAUUCAUAUUGUUUUUUUAACA